AUGCCCCCGAGUAGCGGCGCAAACCGAAUGGCCCAGUACGCCAGGAAUGCGUCCCUGGACCCGGGCCUUCCAAAUGGAAACAACAACCAGUCGAAUCAGCAGCAUCCCGACGCGCCUCAGCUCUUUGCUCAGCCCACUCGUCAGUCAGUCCCUGAUUCCGGCAAGCUGCCCGCUCCCAAGCCACUCGCACCUGCUAGAGCUUUAGCCUCACACAUACGCCAACCGAACCAGUCUGGCCUGCCUCACCCACCACUCCUUGCACCGAUGUCGGCCCCCCCCGACCUGCCUGAUAGCUCCCCACCGAGACAGCAGCGCCAGCGCGCACAAUCACGAAGCAGCGAUGCGACUGGUUUCUGGCCAGAGUCUCAGAUCGAUAGCCAAUUCGGCUCGCCUACUACCCAUCGCUCCGAACGAUACGAUGUUGGCAUCAUCAAUCGUCCUCGUUCCCCGCCGCCCACGAUUCCCAUGGCUGCUUCAAUACUCAACAGAUCUACAUUCGAAAACAUGCAACGGUCGCUGGAUGGCGAUGUCCCGUUCAUCAUUGGCAAAGAUGGUUCAAUGCGGCUGCUCGGCAAUGGUCAGGGACACAGCCUACCUGCUACACACAGCAGCAUGCCUCCUCUACGGAUUGGCCAACAAGGUCAGGAUGCUUACUCGAGCGAGCCCGCAUACGAUACACCCGGACGGCGCACCCCACAACUCGCUCUCCACGCUACAACCGUGCGAAGGUCAUACGAGCCUUCUGUCUUCAAGGAUGACGAGGAAGUCUUCUCCGAUUCUCCGACCCGUAAGAUAUCCCAGCCUCAGCAAAACCUAAGGCGUAUUAUCAGAAAAGAAAAGGCCCAGGAGUCUCGGCGAUCAACAGUCUUCCAGGAUGAUGAAGAUGUUCAAGGCAGCCUUGCUAGUGACUAUCCUGUCAGUGAGGAUGACCAUGGCACUCCUAGAGCCAAUCGUAAGAAAAUGGCAAAAAAGGGGCUGGCACUUUGGGAGAGCCCGCUACCGGCUACGACCCGCGACCAUCGAGAAAAGUCUCGAAAGCGACGCCGUGACAGCUGCGACUACGCCGAUGAUGAGCUUCAAGGGAUGAUGUACUCUCAACUGCGCGAGCAGCCCUUCGACGACGAUCCAGCCAGAACGUCGCUCCGUCCGGUGGUUCCGUUGAUUGGUGACAGCCUUCCAGUCAAAAUUGAACAUUUCAAGGGUCAGCGUGAAGCCGACCAGAAAGAAUUUUUCAGGCAAAUGACGGUCAGCGAUUGGGAGCGCUCGGGAGACUGGUUUCUCGAACAGUUCGGCCAGGUCGCCCAGAAGCUGAAGGAAGCCCGCAAGGACAAGCGGGAUAUGAUUGACCGUUUUGAGAGUGAGAUAGCAAGCAGGGAGGAAGCCGUUCGUGUCCGGACCGAGAACAUCAGUAAAAAGCUCAACAAAAUCAAGCAUAAGGGCGAAGACAUGCUUGCCGAUAAGGAGAUUUGA